CCUAAUUGAGGAGAAAAUUCAAUUGUUUAUAUCUAGAACGUAAUAAUUCGCUGAAAAUUUUAUUGUUGCGUCGGAAAAAACAAUACGGCUGAUUGCUAUGAACGAAUCGGUGCGCUAUGAGCGCUGCCAGCAAAUUCAGCUGGGCGUGCUGACCGAAUCCCAAGUGGGCGUUGAUUUGCCAGUUAACGGUGGAUCGGAGUCUGAGUUGCCCCAGGGAACUGGUAACAUUUUGUGCACUCACGAUGGCGUGCUGCUAAAGAAGGCAAAUGCCGAGCACAUGGCCGAAAUGAAUACCAGCGGCUCCUUGUCCCUGGUGGAGUACAAUCUGCCCAGACGUCGUCUGUACUUGGAAUGGCAGCCAAACGAUAGCAUAAUGAUUGCCGACGAUAGUCAGGAUCAGGGCGACUGGGCGUUGGUCGAUAGAAUAUCGGGACGCACUCGCACCACGUCCGAAUGUAAUGCUUUCAAUACGAAGCCCUUGGAUGUAGUGGGCAGCAAUGGGAAUUCUGGAAUUUCACGAAAUCGAAUUAUGCGCGCUCUUUUAGAUGAUUUGGCGGCGGUUGAAGUGCGACAUCGAGGCCAGAUAAUACGAUUCCUGCGGAAAUCAGACAAUGGCGUGCAUUGUGAGUUUUUCUUUCAGCACGGCAAUGCUGAUCUCUUUGUGCGCUCUAUGCGGCAGCAGCAUUUCAUCGAGAGUUCAGAGACGAGUCGCAGCGGCGGCGGCGAGGAGUAUGCCAUAUUGAAUACGGAAAAUCAAAAGCUCAAAAAAACAUUUGCUGAACUGGAUAUCGGCGAGAUUAAGGCAAGUCAGCUACCCCGGGAAAGCUGGUUGCCCAACAAGCUGGCUGGCUUUCUGGGCACCAUACCGGACUAUGUGCAGCCAUCGGCGUUUCAACGAUCGCCAAAGAACAGACCCAGCACAUUGAUACAAGGCGAUCGUCAGACGUCGCCAGACAACUAUCAGUUCAUCAAGCUGAGCGGCAGCACAAAUAGCGCUUGCUCCUCUAACAGUCAGAGUCGCGGCGAAAGCGCUGACAAAUCGCCAGCGGAUAGCGAACUGGAAAACUUGAAUGCGCAGGACGAAAAGAUUGUUAACAAUUUACCAGCUCGACAGAAUGUCUAUCGCGGUCUUCCGCUAAAUGAAACACAGUGGCUGGAGUUUCAAACACCCGAUGGCCGCAUUCUGGACAGUGAGCGCAUCAAGGAGCUUAUUUUCCGUGGCGGCAUUGUGCCGAGCUUGCGUGCCGAGGUCUGGAAGUAUUUGCUGAACUAUUAUCAAUGGUCUGACACACAACUGGAACGCAUCGAGCGACGCAAACAAAAAUCCAUGGAAUACUACAAAAUGAAGGCCCAGUGGCUUGCAAUGACUCAAUCGCAAGAGGCUAACUUUGGCGGAUAUCGUGAUCGCAAGUGCCAAAUCGAGAAGGAUGUGAAGCGCACCGAUCGCACACAACAGUUUUUCGCCGGCGAGGAUAAUCCCAAUCUGGCGCUGCUACAAGGCAUACUAAUGACCUAUGUGAUGUAUAACUUUGAUCUGGGUUAUGUGCAAGGCAUGUCCGAUUUACUAGCGCCCAUACUGGAGAUUCAGGUGAAUGAGGUUGAUGCCUUCUGGUGUUUUGUUGGCUUCAUGAACAUGGUCUUAACCAACUUUGACAUGGAUCAAGCUGGCAUGAAGACUCAGUUUGCCCAGCUACGACGCCUUCUUGAGGUGGCCAAUGCGCCGCUUUUCAAUUACAUGUGCAGCCACGACUCGGACAACAUGUACUUCUGCUUCCGCUGGCUACUCGUGUGGUACAAGCGAGAAUUUGACAACGACGAUGUGCUCAAGCUAUGGGAAUGCUUGUGGACACGAUUGCCUUGUGCCAACUUUCAUCUGCUCGUCUCCGUAGCUAUACUGGAUCAGGAGACUAGUGUGAUUAUCGAACGCAAUUACGAAUUCACCGAUAUAUUGAAGCAUAUCAACGAACUAACCGGCACCAUCGAUUUAAAGCGUACGCUGGAAACGGCUGAGGCCAUCUACCUGCAGCUGAAGGCAUCUGAGGCAUUACCCAACGACAUUCGUCACAUUAUUGGCGAGCCUUUGCUGCCACCUGCGGCUGGCGAGGCGCCUGCUGAUGGUGAGGGUGAGGAACCUGCUUAUUCGGAUGAUGGUUUCGACGAACUGCGUGAUAUGACGCCCGAGGAGAAGUUGCGCAAUCAAGCACUAUUCGAGGAGGCACUCGAGCGAUCCAUGUUCAUGAAUUAUAUAUAGUUCAAUAGUGGCAGCCAGGAACUAGGCCAAAAAAACAACUAGAAUUGAAGCUGAAGCCUACGGCAAAACAUGCGCAAAUUAUUUAGCUGUAGCUAUUAAGACUCAAAGUUUACUAUCGCGUUAAGGCAACAUCCCUCUUCGCAUGGCAGGGGGGGGCAUUGCUGGUGAAGUGCUUUAAAUGCUAAUAACAGACAGAUUUAUACAUUGUAUAUUAUACAUAUUUGUACUUUUUGUAUUUAUUGUAAGUUCGAUUUUCCAUUGAACCAUGCACCUUGCCCUUCCAACCCCCCAUUGGCUUAAGCAGUCGGUCCCAAAAAACAAAUCUGAUAAGAAACUGCGUUUUCAACGAUAUUUCAAAAGCGAAGCAAAUUCGGCGCACGUAUCAAUUAGAAUUAACUUUGUUUAUUGUCAAUUUUAUCGAAAAACUUGGGUUAUCACAAUGCUAAAAGCAGCUUCAGUUGCCUCUAAUUAAGUUUAACUCAAUUACUGUGAAUAAAUCUAAACAUAAAUUUA